UAGAGACCGGCUUCAUGAAAUCUGCAAGGAGCCGCAGGAUUCCCAGCGCCGGAGUCAUAGAGCUUCAUGUCUUCUGUGUCCCAGCUGAACUGUGGAACAGUAAAUUGAAUACAGUUUCCAACCACGUCAUAAACAAGUUCAUCUCAGUGGGGUUCAUCAGGGUUUUACCUGAUCUGAAUCUGAAAGCACUGAGGCAGCAGGUUGGAGAGUUACUUGGAGCUCGGACUGUCGAUGAUAAAUUUGCUUUCCUAAAAUGUGUUGGAAGGAGUUUGGCAGUGGUUUCAACAAAACAAGAAUCAGAACUCAAAGUGAAGACAUUUGCACCUCCUUAUGCUCCGCAGCCAGAACUCUAUUUGCUGCCUGGAGUUGGUAGGAGGCAGCUACGUGAUCUGCUUUCAGUCGAUAAUCAGGAACUUUUGGAGGAAGUUUUAACGCAGUGUUCACAAGGAACACACACAGCCCCGUAUGAGAAUAAACCUCCAGGAGAAUUGAAAUGUUCCAUCUGCUCCUACCAAGCAUGUAUUUCACUGAGUCCAGAUAGAGACUUCACCUACAUAUCCCAUCAAACAGCACAGAGUGCCAACAGGGUUGACAACACAACACCGAGGGAACAUAAAGCUGAUGAUUUCACACACAAAGGCCAGCACAUCCAGAGCCCGGAGAGAACCAGCACCUACAGUCUGCCCCAUCAGAGAUCGAAAAGCACAAAGACAGGAGAGAUCACUGAUUCAAGGGAUUCUAAAGCCAAUGGUUUCUUGCAAGAGGUCCACAACACAAAGUGCUUGGAUAUGAAUAGCGCCUGGGAGCAGGAGACGCACUGUAACUCCCCUCAAAACACAGGAGAGAGCAAUCAGAAAAUGUACAAAAGUCAACAGCAGGAGCAACAGAUGCAACAGCGAGACAAAGAUGUUCCGGCCUCGAGUGUCAUUCAGAUGGACAUUAGUUCGGUUGCUAAACAGAGCAGGAUUCAGAGUAAUAGCACCGGUGACUCGGGGCUAUCAGAAUCACUGGAUGAGAAAGAAUUGGAAUAUUGUGAAAACCUAAGAAAGAAGAGUGAGCAAGCAAAUCAAGGCCCAGAGUCUAUCAAUGAUGGACAAAGAACUAAUCAGACCAUUGGUUAUUCGACUGUUACAAAGAACUAUUCCCUGCCUCCUCCUCCACCUCCACUAGAUCUCAACCUAAGAGCCCAAUCUGAGUUUGUUCCAACAGAGAAGGAGCAGCUCAUUGCCCAAAUAAAUGCGACAAAGCAAGAGAGAAAAUGCCUUGAGAGGGCCAGGGAAGAACUUGUAAAGAAAGCGAAAGGAUUGUUAGCACAGAAUCGAUUACGGAGGAACCAAGUCCGCAACAGUUGGAAAAAGAAAUACUUUGAAUCGAAGAAGCUGACUGCCCCUUUAGAAGAAACAUCAUGCAGGUUACGGAAGGAGCUGGAACAGCAUUACCUGAAACUGCUGCAGCACCUGGAGGCCAGGGACUCGAGAAAAAGGCCCACAAAGUCAACCAGCACGAGCGAUCCCAAAAAUGACUUAAUUAUUCAGAUUACAACACUCAAGCAUGAGAUUGAUCAGCUGUGCAGAAGUGUGGAAAAUGCCAAAAUGAAGCUAAUUACUGAGAUAAAGCUGAGAAAACAGACAUCUACAGAUCUCCGAGCCCUCCGUGCUGAACUUGCACAGAAGAAAACCCAGUCGUCUCUAAAUCGCCUGCAUGGUGGUUCUGUAACUCACAGUUUGAAUGUUUUAGUGACUUAACCAAAACAAGACUGUUACCUUUGGUCACUUAGCCCUCCCUAUGGGAUCUUACUUCAAUUGGUAUCCUGAUGUUUCCUGAUUUCACUCAAGUGAUCCUAUUUCAAAAACCACUUCACUGCCCGUGAAGCACUUUAGGACAUCAAGGGGUUGUGAACAGCAUUACAUAAAUUCAUGUUCUUCCUUUUGCCUCUGUUCAAUUUUGACAAGACAAAUAACAAAGCCACCUCACUGUUUCUGAUUUACUUGCGUAUUCUGAAAGACAACCAAAUUUGUUCUGUUUUAAUUGAUCUUUCAGUUAUUUAAUACAAACUCUUGGAGUGCAGUAGAAGGCUGUAAAGUUGAUUCCCCAUUUGCAGCUGCUGAAACAUGCGAUUGUAUAAUGGUGUAGCUCAGAAAAGGUAAGAAGUGGCCUGUAUGAAGACAGGCAAAAAAAACCCCAAUAAGUUCCAAAGAGGAAGGGAAGACACUUUUUAUUUAAAUUGGAAUGAUUCAAGGAGACAACUCACCAGCAUUGUUUCAAGGCCAAUAAGGAAUGGGAAACAAAUGUUCAUCAGCAUCAAUGGCUCAUUACAUUUUGAAAUGAAUAAUUAUUUUCUUCUUUCUUGUGGUUGAUGUAAAUGUGGACCAGCAGCUAUAAUUUUGUCAAGUUACAAAAUUAAUAAAUUGUAGGAAUUUGAAAGGCAAGAUAGUUCGUACUUCAGGAUUUUGAAACUUUACUGGCAUUUGAAAAAGAAUGGACUUAUUAGGGAGAGUCAGGGGGAUGUCUUAGCUCACAAACUUAAGUUUUUUGAGGAAUUCCAAAGAUGAUUGUUUUCACUCAUGCUUUGGUGACUGAGCGGGUGAGUGGAUAGAAAUAUAUAAAACUGAGUAUGGAUAGAAUGGAUAGCUGGAGUCUCUUUCCCAAGGUGGAAAUGUGAAAUACCAGGGGCCAUAGGUUUAAGGUGAGGGGUUAAAGUUUAAAGGAGAUGUGCAAAACUGGUUUUUUUUACACUGAGAGUGGUAGGUGCCUGGAAUGUGCUGCCAGGGGAGGUGGUAGAAGCAAUAUUAUAGCAACAUUUAAGUGUCAUUGCGACAGACUCAUGACCAGGCAAAGAAUAGAGUGAUCCGGAGCAUGUGCGGGCAUCUCUCUGCCUUAAAAAUAUUUACAGAUUCUUCAUCCACUGUCCUUUUGAGGAAGGAAAUUCCAAAGACUCUCAACCCUCAAAGAAAAUAAAAAUCCUCAUCUCUGAUUUAAAAGGGUGACCCAUUAUUCUAAAACCAUGACCUGUACUUCUAGAUUCUGCCACAAAAGGAAGCAGUCAAAUCCCCUCAGGAUCUUAAUAAUUUUCAAUUAACUCACCUCCAACCUCCAGGGGAUAGAGGGCUGGCCUGUUGAGCCUUUCCUCAUAGGGUAAUUCAUUCAUUUCAGACUAGUCAAUAAUUGUAAAACUCCAAAAUUUGUUGAAGUUUUUUUUGUCUCACACUAAUCAGAAUAUUCACAAGAAAUAUUAAUGUAACUGUUUUAUAGUGUAUGAGAAGACAGUGUUGAUUGGUUGGCAAGUGAAUUCAGUAGUAGAAAUGCUGCCAGGAAGAAUGUACCCAUUAGACGAUGACUGAUAGUUAACUGCCAAGCUUUGUUUAAAUUGAUAUUAAAACUAUGCUUCAUCGUCAUCAAUGCAAAUAAUGUUGAAGUUUGCAACUGGCAAAUAACAAAUAGAUGAUGUAUUUUUACGCAGCAUGUUAUUGUAAAAGUUGGUGUGCGUUGCAUUUAUGGUUACUUGCAAAGAGGUAUAAAGAAGAAAAAUUGCAGACCUGUUGGGGAAAGAAACGAUAGUAUUGUGUAUUUAAUGGUUUCUUGUACUUUUAAUGUGUCUCAGAGUUGUGAAAAUAUGAUGAUAGUUUCAAAAUGUACAACAGGUUUAUUUAUGAUAAUUAAAAUGUGAGGCUGG